UUUUGUAAUUUAAUGGAUGACGAGAAGAGUAUAUAUCUCACUCCGCCAAGGCGCCAACACCGAACAACAGCGGCCGGUCAGCUCCAGCAACCGCGAGAGUAUAAUCUCAGGAAAACUUCCACAGAACUUUCAUGUCCAUCUCGCCCUCGCAGAAUCAACUUGGUUCAGCGUCGUCAUCAUCUUCACAUCCGGGCAUACCUCGAAACCCUAAUUCUAAUAAUGGAUUCGUUUCUUUCCCACAUCAACACCAGCCAGAAGAUCCCUCUUUGCUCAUCUCCGGCCUGGACUCCACACGAAUCGCUGAUUCUGGUUCUUCGUCAUCUUCCUACUGCUUUCCUUCAGAAACAAGCUCACUUGGUGCUGCAGCACUUGAGUCAUGUGCAUCUUCAGAUACGGUGAAUUUAUCAAGCAAUCAAGAAGACAUUGAAACUUUGUCAUAUGAUGUUGGGGAGGUAUCAGUGAAUGACCGUGGAAAAUCACCCAGACUGUCAGUGAAUGACCGUGGGAAAUCAUCCAGAGCAUCUCUUCCUCCCAUAAGUGACAACUCCUACUCUGGAACUAUCAGAUCUCAAGGGACCAUGCCUCGUUCAGCCGGGAGAAGAACUCAGAUGGUCAGUGGCAACCACUUACUUAAUUUUCAUUAUGAUCCCAUUUCACGGCCAAAGUCCAUUGCUCCCCAUCCAAGGAAGAUGCCAAAAAGAAAGCCAUACAAUAAAGAUUUGUUUCUUCAAGCUAAUUACAAGUUUGUUGUGUUUGGUUUGGGGAUCUAUGUGCCUGAGCUUAUGGAUCCUGAUAAAAUGUUAGAGUGGGAAGAUAUCAUUUGUGUAAAGUUUUCUACUUCGUUUCCCGUCCAGUGCCCAAUCUGCUUAGAAGAUCCCCUAUGUCCACAGAUAACUUCAUGUGGUCAUAUCUUUUGCUUCCCAUGCAUUAUGCAAUAUUUCUCAGGGGGUGAAGAUGAUUACAGAGGUGAAUGCUGGAAGAAGUGUCCCCUAUGUUUUAUGAUGAUAUCAUGUAAGGACAUGUGCACAGUUCAGAUUGAGAAUGUUAAGCAGUAUCUUGUAGGUGAUGACAUAAACUUUUUGCUUUUGACACGCCAAAAAGAUUCAUAUUCUCUGUCUUUAAAGAGUAAUAAUGACGAUGUUGAUGCCUGUGAGGAGGCGUUGGACUCCUUUUCGAAGUUCACUUUCACCACAGAUGUGGAUCUUUCUGUUCGAGAGCCUAUGUCUGAUCUGGAUAGUUGGUUAGCAAGGGCAGAUUCUGGUUUGGUCGAUGACCUAGAGAAACUUCCAUAUGUCUGUGCUGCAAUGGAACAAUUGCAGCAAAGAAAGAAAUAUUGGAAUGAGCAAAGAGUUUCUGAUAGAAAUAACAAGCUUCGUAAGGACAGCUCUUGUGAUAAAGGCUCUUACACUCCACCCUCAAAUGUGAAUAAAUCAAUUUUGCAUGAAAAUUCAAGUCUAAAAAAUAAGUUGUUACCAACGCCAACCGGUGAAGUUCAACUACCAAAAGAUCGAUGUGAAUCUUUUCCUUCUGUUGAGCUUGGCAAGAACACACAAGAAGUUACUGGUGCUUUGAGGGAUUCACAGAAUACAAAUUCUUAUAUUUUUUACCAGGCUGCGGAUGGUCAACACCUUAUCAUUCACCCACUAAACAUGAAGUGUCUUCUGCAUUACUAUGGGAACUAUGACCGACUUCCAAACAGAAUCAGCGGGAAAAUUCUGCAGUUGGAAACUAUGACUCAGUCAGAGGCUAUCAGGAAACGCUACCGCUAUUUGAGCCAUAUUUCUUUGACAACUUCAAUAAAGCUUUGCGAAAUUGAUCUUUGCAACAUAUUGCCCGUUGAAGCACUUUCUCCAUUUAUGACUGAAAUUAAGAAGAGAGAAACACAAAGAAAGCGGGUUGCUAGGAAGGAGCAGCAUGUGAAAAUUAAGGCUGAAACUACUACAUUUCAGUAUGUUCUUCCACCUUAUAACCAGGCAGACACUACUUAUGCUGACAUGCCUGCAUUCACCAAUGAUGAUUUUGAAGCAUUAGGUACUUCGGCUGUAAUAUCAUCAAGCCCUCCAGCAGUUCAAGGCAGACAGUUAUUUUCAAAUGUUGCCAAGCUUGGGUUUGCUGCUGCGCAUGAUUCUCCAGCACUGAAAUUAGGGGAGUCUCCUCUGACAACCGAAACAUCUCAUAGUUCUUCUGUUGAAAGAGGGGCAAGGCAUGCCGGUACUACGGCAACUUUGACAUUUGCUAAUGUUACAUCUAGACAUAAUGCGGCUGAGGCCUCAAAUAUUUCAAAUGCCAGUGAAGUAGGGAAGAAGGGAAAAAAGCCAAACCGCGUCCUCCUUUCAACAGCUGUUUCACGCCGAUAUUGAGCCUUACACCCCUUAUGUAGUUUGUCAAGUACAAUGUAGUACAGCACUACAUUGUCUCCUAACUAACACUUGUUAUGCUGUUUUUUACAGUAUUUAUGAAUACUCGUUUCAUAUUGUUCAGUUACUCAAUCUACAUAUUGAUUAAUAAAAACUAGGUACUCGUAUACCUCGCCAGGGUCCCAAUAAGCGGGACUCAUUUGAAUUAAUUGAAUAUGAUGCACUUUAAAGUGAAAAUAUGAAAUUGGUUUAAAAAGUAAUAUUGGUUUGUUUAGAGCA